UGUGUUGUAAUUAGACGUAGCGUUAGUGACCUCUGGUUCUUUUCACCUCCACUUUAAAGACAUCAGAGUGAGUAGCUAAAUAUCUCUUCAGUGCAUCAUAUCACACCAAAGAACGAUUGAAAUAUGCAGAUAUUUUUGAAAAGUCGAUGGAAUUUCCCUUGAAGUACAGUUUCUCUCCACGACUGUUUUUUCACCUCUGGCGGAACUACAACGUGUCGUCUCUCGUUUAGGGGAAUGUAAUGAAUGUUGCUCCACGGCGGAAAACGCUGGCGCUCCGUAGGAGCUGAUUCUGCUGCAGUGACAGUCUCGGCGCUUAAUGGCUGAUUUUGCACACAAUGAAGAAGAACUGGAGGAGCUUAUUACACUGUCUGGACUGGUUUGAGGAGGUAAACGGUAACGUUGCGUUAGGACGUGUCGGUGACCGCCAGUUGUUUGUCAGUAGACUCACUGUUAGCACUGUCACAGCUGUGAUAGCUCGCACGGCUCCCUCUCUGGAAACCACAAGUUAACCGUUUCUGUUAUUCUAGCUGGCUUGGUCGCAUAUUUAAGUUGAAAAUAUUGCCGUGUUUAUGACAUUGAAGCUGGUCGUCAUGUCAUCAUGCUUUGCUUUGGGACGCUCCCAGUAAUCCAGAGUCACUCAAAAGAAAUCUCUGCGCUCUCUCACCAGCCUCCUCAGUCUCACCAGUCUCAUCAGUGUUCUCAGCAUUAAGUCAACAGUUCACCCGCAAAAAUGAAGCUCAAACUUAAGACUGUGUUCCUGCUCUACUUCAUGGUGUCUCUGAUGGGGCUCGUCUAUGCACUGAUGCAGUUAGGUCAGCGCUGUGACUGUAGAGAACAUGACUUGCCUAAAGAUCGAACCAUCUCUCAAUUGAGGGGUGAGCUGCACAAGUUACAGGAACAAAUGAGAAAGUCAGAACCAACAAAGGCCUCCAAGAAAACUAGUCUGCCUACCAUCUAUGUAAUAACGCCUACCUAUGCAAGACUGGUGCAGAAGGCUGAGCUCACUCGUUUGUCCCAGACUUUUCUGCAUGUUCCUCAGCUUCACUGGAUCCUGGUGGAGGAUGCUCCACACAAGACGCCUUUAGUCAGAGACUUUCUUGCUGCCUCUGGUCUGACUUACACCCACCUCCACAUGCUAACCCCUAAAGAGAGGAAACUCCAGGAGGGUGACCCCACCUGGCUGAAGCCUCGAGGAGCUGAGCAGAGGAAUGAGGGCCUGCGCUGGCUCAGGGAGAUGGCUGCUGCAGCUGGGGGGAAGGGACAGACCGUUGAGAACGCUGUUGUGUAUUUUGCUGAUGAUGACAACACAUACAGCCUGCAGCUCUUUGAAGAGAUGCGAUACACUCAGAAGGUCUCCGUUUGGCCAGUGGGACUGGUCGGGGGGAUGAAGUUUGAGAGGCCUGUUGUGGAGAACGGGAAAGUAGUUCGGUUCCACACUGGAUGGCGUCCCAGUCGCCCCUUUCCGAUCGACAUGGCUGGCUUUGCUGUCUCCCUAAAACUGGUACUGGACAACCCUGAAGCUCGGUUCGAUGGUGAUGCGCAGAUUGGCUUCCUGGAAAGCAGCUUCCUGCAAAACAUGGUUACCAUGGAGGAGCUGGAGCCCAAAGCUGACAUGUGCAAUAAGGUGCUGGUGUGGCAUACUCGCACUGAAAAGCCAAAGAUGAAGAGGGAGGAGGCUCUCAUAAAGCAGGGUCUAGGAUCAGAUCCCAACGUGGAGGUGUGAGUCCAUCCCCUCCAGAAGCAUGCACACAUACACACAGAUCUUCUUCCAGACUGCUAAAAUGAGAAUACAACUAAGAGAUUUGCCAUAUUGCCAUGUUUAAAUAAUUCUUCAUUGUUAAAACGUUUAGCGCAUUUUCAGGUGUACAGUCUCAGAAAAAAGGUAAUAAACUGUCAGUGGGGUGGAACCCCUAAGGGUAUGUCUUCAGUACUUUUACUUUGGGAACUAUAAAAAAAAAAGUCCCAUAUAAAUGGAAAUUAUUUUUUAUGUUGCAUUAUCUCCACUCUGUCUUGACUCAGGCUUUUAUUUUAUUAUUCUGGAAAAUGUUAGGUUAUGAAAAGGUAUGUACCUUUUAUGUAUGUUAGGUUAUGAAAUGUAUGUUAGGUUAUGAAAAGGUAUGUACCUUUCCCCUGGGAAGAGGAAUGUAGGGAACCUUUAAAACUCAUUUAAGAUACAUAAUAGGACCUUAAGACCAUUGUUGUACCUACAUGUAGGCAACAUUUACUUUCUUUGAAAACAAAUGUACCCACAGUACCCUUUUUCUGACAGUGUUUAGUGAAAUUAGAAAACAACAUUAAGUCCUUAAUCUUAUUGACUAAGAUCAUUUUAGUCCUAGAGUGUCAGAAAUACUAUGGACCACCACAUUGGUCUGAAAUGUCAGUCUUGUUGUGUUUGCAACAAUCAGUAUUGAUGAAUAAUGAAGCGACUCCUGAAUCAAACUGAAUGUACCUUUUAUGAUUUAAUUACAUCUGAAAUGGUCUUAAAAGACUUGAAGACAGUAAACAAUGAGCUCUGAUCUAGUAUUAUGACAAGUACUAUGUUUCAUACAUGUUUCCCCUGCCGCAAACACACUGGACUGAAUAUGAAUGGAAGAAUGGUACCCUACUGAAAAUCUGACACACUACAGUGCAAAAAUAAAUCUAUGCAUUAUAAACAUAGUGUAUGUAAUACAAUAUUAAAUUUACAUAAUCUUUAGAGGAAGGCAUGAAAAAAGGGAAAUAACAUACAAAAAUAAUGUGACAUAAGAUGCGUGUUGUAUACUUAUUGUAACUGAGAUUGCAUUUCAGUUGUAUAUACUGUAGACUGGUGUUAUUUAUAUCUGAAAAGAACAGUAAAUGUUUACAAGUGUGAAGUUUUAUAGUGUAGUCUCAGUUUGUGUGAUCAGGAGUUCUGCAAUGAUAUCUGGAUCUAGAUUUGAUUUUUGUCAUUAUGUCACUGUGGAACUAAAUGGAGCAAGUGCACAGGAGAAGAAGGCCUGGUCCAUGCCAUGAAAUUUCACCACAUUUUUUUUAUACAUGUGUCUUUUCCCUGAUGUGGCAGCGUUCUUUCCUGUUGGCUGUAUAUCAUGAAUAUUGUAUGUGUUGGGUUAUUAUGAUUGGUUGUAUGUAUUUAUAGGUCAGUGUGUGUAUGAAUGCAGUUUCAUAUAUAUUUAUCUUCCAUAACACUCUGUACUCUGUAGAAUAUAAGUAGCUGUCUGUAUGUGCCUCAUGCCUUUAUAUGUUUGUCUUGUACUUCAUAUUGGUAUUGUUACAUCCACCUGUUGGUGUGAUGUUAUAGAAUUCUUUGAAAAAUGCCUUAGAAUAAAAGAGAUGUUUUACACAA